GAAAGGAGAACAUGGCCGCGACAGGAUGGUGGGCGCUUCUUCCUCGCGCGAAGCUCGCCCUUUUCCCGUCCUUCGUUGGUGGAGCCUGCGGAGCCCGCUUCGCCUCAUACCGCAGCCUGCAUUCAGCUCCCGUCCAGUCCGACGCCGUCAGGUCAUCUGCUGUCAUGUCUUCCACGGAUGCUACCUUGACUGGGGUAAAGGCCCACAAGAUCAGAAAGGGCAUCACUUUCUACGUAAAUGAGAAUACAGUGAACCCUGCGGCUGCUGGCCGAUCUGGCCAGCCCAAACCCCUACUGCUCCUGCUUCCUUGGUUGGGCUCCAGGCCUCAGGCUCAGGCAAAGUACUGUGAGAUGUACCUCAGAACAGGCUUUGAUGUACUAGUUGUGGAGACAGAGGUAGGAAGGUUCCUCUGGCCUCGUUGGGGGUUGGAGUAUGGCACUGAGCUGCUGCAGCUUCUGGAGAGUGAGCGUUUCUCACAGCGCCACCUGCUGGUCCAUGCCUUUUCCAUAGGAGGUUACACUUUUGCCCAGAUGCUUGUUCAUAUGGCCAAAGAUGCCCAGCGCUACCAGGGUGUGACCAGCAGGAUAAGAGGACAAAUAUAUGACAGCCUGGUCAUGGGCUCCCUGGAACGCAUGGCUAUUGGUGUGAGUCGGACUGUUUUCCCUCGUGUUGGGAGUGUAGUGAAGGGCGCCAGCCUCCUUUAUUUCCACAUCUUCAAACGCCAAACGGUGGACUACUUCAACAUGGGAAUUGACGCAUUCUGGAAUACACCUGUAACAGCUCCUGCACUUUUCUUCUUCUGUCAGAAUGAUGCACUGUGUGAUGCAGAUUCUAUGGAAGAAAUGUUGGAGCAUUGGAGAAAACAGGGCAUUACUCUGAUGAGUAAAAAGUGGGAGGAGUCUAUCCAUGCAGGCCAUCUGCGUGCCCAUCCUCAGGAGUACGUAUCCAUUCUAGAAAACUUCCUCUAUUCUCUCAGUAUGGUGCCUCUCAAGUCUAAAAUAUGAAGUCUCUUUUCUUUAACAUUUAAGACUUUAUUCAUCAUGCACAUGUACUGUUACUGUGUGCAGUAAAGUUAGUAAAGUGCCUUCCUAAGUAUUUUUAUAUAAAAAAGUUGAUUACAGCAAUUAUUGAAACUUUCAUUAAUGUACUGACCUACAAUCAGUGUGUGCAUGUGCCUGUACAAAUUUAUUAAACUAAUGUAAGUCCAUGUUAACAAUGUGUUGUGUUUAAAUAUACACUAUGGUAAAAAAAAAAAAAAAAAUACUGUUGGUUUUGGCCUGCUCAGAGUCCAGAUUUAAACCCUAUAGCAAGUAUAAAGUUUGGUCACAAACUAGCUUGGCAGUGGUGUUCAACUGUUUGAAGUAAUCAUUGCUGAGUGGAACAGUAAUGAUGCCAAUUUACCAACAAGACUUCAACUAUAAAGAUUUGGUGAGCUCAAUAAAGUGUUAAAAUGUUUCCAA